AUGUUAAAAGUACCUUGUUGUAAUGCUACAGACCCAAUUCAAUCCCUAUCUUCCCAAUGCAGAUUCCUAACCCAUUUCAAUAACAGACCUUAUUUCACUCGCCGCCCAUCAAUCCCUACCUUUUUCAGUUCAAAGAAUUCAAGUGCUUCUCUUCAGGCUGUUGUGUCUGAUAUUAGCAGUGUUGAAUCUGCUGCUUGUGACAGUUUGGCGAAUCGGCUUCGUUUAGGGAAGUUAACUGAGGAUGGGUUCUCUUAUAAAGAGAAAUUUAUUGUUAGGAGUUAUGAGGUUGGGAUUAAUAAAACUGCUACUGUUGAAACUAUUGCUAAUCUACUGCAGGAGGUUGGAUGUAAUCAUGCUCAGAGUGUUGGAUUUUCAACCGAUGGAUUUGCCACAACCACCAGCAUGAGGAAGAUGCAUCUGAUAUGGGUAACUGCUCGCAUGCAUAUCGAAAUAUACAAAUAUCCUGCCUGGAGCGAUGUAGUUGAAGUAGAAACAUGGUGCCAAAGUGAAGGAAGAAUUGGAACCAGACGUGAUUGGAUUUUGACAGAUUAUGCCACUGGUCAAAUUAUAGGGAGAGCCACAAGCAAGUGGGUGAUGAUGAACCAAGACACUAGACGGCUUCAGAAAGUCACUGAUGAUGUCCGAGAAGAGUACUUAGUUUUCUGCCCAAGAGAACUUAGAUUGGCAUUUCCAGAGGAAAACAAUCGCAGCUCGAAGAAAAUUUCAAAACUAGAAGAUCCUGCUCAAUAUUCCAAGCUAGGACUAGUGCCUAGAAGAGCAGAUCUGGACAUGAAUCAACAUGUUAAUAACGUCACCUACAUAGGUUGGGUUCUAGAGAGCAUACCUCAAGAAAUAAUUGACACACACGAACUACAAACAAUCACUUUGGAUUACAGAAGGGAAUGUCAACAUGAUGAUAUUGUUGAUUCCCUCACAAGUGUGGAACCUUCUGAGAAUUUAGAAGCUGUUUCAGAGCUUCGAGGGACAAAUGGAUCUGCCACUACAACGGCUGGUGAUGAAGACUGCCGUAACUUUCUACAUCUACUCAGGUUGUCAGGUGAUGGGCUUGAAAUAAACCGUGGCCGCACUGAAUGGAGAAAGAAAUCUGCGAGAUGA